AUGACGGCUGAAAACUUAAAAAGGCUGGAGAGAACAGAAAUGCAAAUAUUGAGAAGAAUAAUGGGAGUAUCGUUGAGGAAUAGUCUAAGUAAUGAGUCUUUGAGCACCACAGUUUCAAAAGAUCCGGAAAUUACUAAAAUUCAUAAUGCCAUAUUAAUCGGAAUUCAAAAUGGCGUCAACAGUCUUCUUCAAUAUGUUUCGUCAUGGGACACAUGUAAAGAAAUUUGGAAUGUAAAUAAAACUGAAUUUAUAGAAAAGUACAAAUCGCUCAAUCCGCCUGUAUCAUCGUUUGAUACUGAUAUAUACAGAUGGGUCUUGAGAUCCGCUCUGAACUUCGCAAGUGAUGGAGAAGUAGUCAGAGAAGUAGGUAGAGAGUUCCAGAGAAAAGGACCAGAAAAAGCAAAAGCAGAUUUAGCAAAAGAGUGUUUAACACGAGUUAAGAAAAAGCGAGAAGAAGACGAUCGUAAACCGGGGCGUUUAGAAGGAUUAAGUUUAAGACACAUAGAGUCAGACCAAGUGAUAAUUGAAGAAAGACAUAGAGAUAAAUUAUGA